UUGCCAACACUUGUUCAUCCUUUCAGUUGCAAACGGCAAGAUGGCUGAUCAGAACGAAAGAUCGUUUCAACGUCAACCGACGGUUUUUCUCAACCGUAAGAAAGGCUUGGGUGGUAAGAGACGCAAGUCUCUUCGCUACCACCGAGAAGUCGGACUUGGGUUUAAGACCCCAAGAGAGGCCAUCGAGGGUUCUUACAUUGACAAGAAAUGUCCUUUUACUGGGAAUGUUUCCAUUAGAGGGCGAAUCUUGACAGGAGUUGUUCAGAAGAUGAAGAUGCAACGCACUAUUGUUAUCCGUCGUGAUUAUCUUCAUUAUAUUCGAAAAUACAAUCGUUUUGAGAAGAGACAUCGUAACAUGUCAGUGCAUUUAUCGCCGUGUUUCAGGGACGUGGAAAUUGGAGACGUUGUAACAAUUGGAGAGUGCCGCCCCUUAUCCAAAACUGUCAGAUUUAAUGUACUAAAGGUCACAAAAGGCAGUAGCUCGAAGAAGAGCUUCAAGAAAUUUUAAUGUUACAACCGGAAAAUAAAUAAGUUUUCUAUUUA